AUGGUACUUCAGCAAAUUUCACAGAAUAAGACAAAAAAAUCAAAAAUGGCUUAGUUUGACUUUGAGAGAGAAAAUUUCUCACACAGCCUACUGUAAGUGUUCCAUUGUUGUGUCACACCUGGCUUUUUCCUUCUUAGGUGAGGUAUCUUUGAGAUAAUUGGUGAAACCGAGAAAACAUGGAAUAAUUUCAGGUUGUAGUACGCAUAAGGCCACUGAAUGCGGAAGAAAAGGCGAGGAAAAACUUCCAAUGUGUCUUUCCACUGGACAGAAAAGUUAAGUUGGCGAGGUUGAGCGUAGAUAACAUAAUUUGCAGAGAGUCCUGUUAGUAGAUCCCGAAAAAUUUGAAAACAACAUUUUGCGACAGAAUCGGCAGCAUGAGAAAAAAUUUGAAUUCGAUGCUACAUUCGGUCCAAAUUCGACGCAGGUUUGCAGAAAGACAUUGGAAACAACGGAAAAAAACAAAAUGAAUGACAGGAAGACGUACAUCAGUCGACUACAGGACCCAUAAUCGACUCGGUCAUCCAAGGCUACAAUGCCACCGUGUUCGCCUACGGCGCCACAGGUUUUUCGAAGCGAGAACACAUUUUCUUCUCAAGAAAUAGAAAUCGAAAAAAAAAUGCGUGCUGCGUCCAAAGUGUUUUUAGGACAAAAACAAAUUGGAAAAAAUGGCGCAGAAAAAAAAAAUCCCUUAAACAUCGAGUUGAGAAUUGAGACUUUGUGGGUAGGUAUAACCUUUUUGAAGUUCUGCUAAAACUUUCAGGCAAACGGACAAAAAUUUGAGUUUCUAUGUCCGUUUAUUUUUGGCUAGAUUUUUUCAAAAUUAGCGUUGAAAAUAGUUUUAAAUUAUCUACGUAUCAAAAGAUUUAAGAAGAAAACUUUAUCCCUUUAUUUCCAUUUAUUUCAAAAAAUAACUUUUUUAUUCAAGCAAAAGUUAAGGUUCUGGAAAGACUUAUACGAUGAUCGGAACGAAAGACCGACCAGGUUUGAUGACUCUCAUGACGAAAACGUUGUACGAAAAGCUCGAUCAUCAAUUUAACGUCAACCUAUCUUAUUUGGUUAGCGUCAAUCUUUGAUUCAUCGACAACCUCUUUGUUGUAGGAAAUUUACAACGAGGUUAUAAGAGACUUGUUGAACCCAAACGGUUCCGACUUGGACUUGCUCGAAGAUGAAAAAGGCAAUAUUCGGGUACCUGGAUUGUCUUCUGUCAAAGCUCCGAACCUGUCAAGGGUUGGUAGAAUCUCGAUCAUUACUCAACCCUUUGUUUUUUUUUUUGCUUCAACUUUAUUUAAAACGAACUGGAAAAGGAAGAAAAAAGUUUGAAAAUGGAAAAAGAACUUUGAAAAAUCUUUAAAAAGAUUUACCUAUUUUCCUAAAAUACUCACGGUGUUUCUUUUGCGACGCCCCGCCCACUUUUCUCCGUCAAUUAGGACGUGUUUAGUGCAUGCACAAAAAAUUUGGAAAAUAAGGUUAACCGAUGAUAUAAGUGUGAGAAACGAAUGAACAUUGAAGAAAAAAGACGAGGAAAUUAAAAGAGAUUAAAUAAAACUAUAUUGCUGUGGAGAAACAAAUAAAAGAUGUUUUACAGCAAGUACUUUUUAUUAUAAAAAGUUGACGGAAUAUCCGGAUAGAAAUGAAUUCCGGAACAUACUUUCUCAACUUCACAGACUUUUUUCAUGUAACUCCAUCUCAUUGAUGUCCACAACCUAGGAAUCUGAACAAUCGACAAAAAUAGAAUAAGAAAACAUAAAAUGGGGUGGAACAUGUUCCAUACAAACAGGUGGAGAUUUUCAAAACGCUUCUUCAUCACGAGUUUUAAAGUUAGCCUCACAGAACUACUUUCAAAAAACUUCUAACAACCCAGAGUAUACCCCGAUCGUGGUCCCGCAAUACUAUCAGCAAUCUACGAAAAGAAAAAGUGAAAAAAUAUGAAAAAAUUGACAAAAAAUCAAAAAUAAAGCCACUUUUUCAAAAUUCGCGGGCGAAUUUCGAGAAGUGCGCAGACUUUGCCGAGUUUCAAAUUCCUUGCAUUUUCUUCAACUGGCAGAAACGCCGUGUACUGUGUGGAAAAUCGAAAAAAUUUUCCGACCGAUCCGAAACCAAAUGUUCGGAUCAGUUGAUAAUUGAUGGGUUUGGAUGUGCAGGAGUGGGAAUCUCGCUCGGUAGCGGAUCGGUUAGGAAUAUCCCGGUCAGAGGCUUAAAAAAUUUUUCGAACACUACGAGUAGAAAGGGUGAAGUUCUGAACAGAGCAAGCAAAACUUAUAUUUUCGGUUUUUUAUUGUAAUCUUCCCCUGAGACGAUUCAGAGAGAAACAGAUACAUGCCGUAGGAGAAAAAUAAAAAAAAGGCGUAUGCGGGUCAACAAGAAAAUUUCGUAUGAAAAACGUUGCUUAUUUGAGAUAAUGCAAAUACUACAAGAAGGCAAUUUGCGGCGAACUCAAGAGGCGACGAGGGCCAAUCAGACGUCCUCGAGGAGUCACGCGCUGCUCCAGGCACUGGCAAUUUGUCUACGCAUCCAAUGAGCAGGAUUUCAGGUCGUUAUUUUCAAAAACGACGCCUUGUUCAGCAAGCUUUUCAUGAUAGACCUGGCAGGCUCCGAGAGAGCGUCGAAUACCCAAGUGACUUCUGCAAAAAAAAGGAAAACACAUUUGAAAGUUUAGAAUAAAGGACUUCGACUGAAGGAAGGCGCAGCCAUCAAUCGGUCUUUGCUAGCACUCGGAAAUGUCAUAAAUUCCUUGUCAUCUAGUAUCCGUGAAGAUAAUCUACUCAAAUCACAAAAAUUUUCAGAAAACACCAAGUUCAUCAAUUAUCGAGACAGCAAGCUGACACGUCUUUUGAAAGAUUCUUUGGGUAAAAUGACUUCAAGUUUGAUUGUACGGAAAUUGAUCAGCAAAUGACGUUGAAUUUUUUUAACAGAAUACCAGUAUAUAGUUUUCGAAAAUUCUUCAUUCAUUGUUACUUAUUCUUACAUUCAAAACCUACUAUUCGGGAUUUAUUUUUUUUUAAUAUUCGAAAAAAAACUUUCCAAAAAGGACAAAUGCAAGAAUUUCAGGUGGUAACACGCGAACGGCGAUGAUUGCUCAUGUUACCCCAUCGAGCGCAAAUUUCGAAGAAUCGUACAACACCCUAACCUAUGCCUCUCGCGCAAAUAACAUUACUAACAAGGCGAGAAGAAAUUUAUAAAUAAAAAACUCAGUUUUAUGAUUAUAGUUGGUGAAAAAUCGGCCAGCGUCAGCCGAUCAAGUUUAUUCCGAAGCUUUGGUGAGGUUGAGAAAAGAGUACAACUCCCAGCCUUUGAAAAACUCUUCAUCUACAAAUGCCUGUAAGUAUUCCUGACUAGGAAACUGUCUGAGGUUUUGGGUUCAAUAUUUCAUGAUAGGUAGGUUUAGCUGGAAGUUUCCAAGAGUCGAGAACUAAUUUGCAAAAAAUCGAUGAGUGAUGAGAGAAAUUGUAUUGGAAAACUUUGAAAAAAAUUUUUUGUUCGGAAUUUACGAAAAAACUUCGUGUGGUAUGAAAAAAAAGCCAGCUAAUUUUCGAACGGCGACUUUUCCGAUUUUUUCAUAGCGCUCGGGAUCUUUCCGACGAACAAGUUUACGAUGAAUGCCUUUCCAACUUGUUUCCCUUAUUUUUUUUGUUUAUAAAACAUCUAUCAACUUUUUUCCUUAUUUCUUUGUGUUUCAAUCAUGAAUCAACUACCUUCUUUAUAUAGCAGAUUCAAAACAAAGAGUUUAUUGAGAAAUAAAGUCGGAAAAAUAUUAGUCGGACACUUCUCUGUCGGAAAGUUCCCUAGCGAUAUGAAAAAAUCAGAAUUGGCCGUUCAAAUUUCGCGGGUAUACGACCGAAAUUUUUAUUCGCAAUGAUUUUGGAUAGAAAUUUCGAAAUUUUUUUUUUCAAUCCAGGAAUUCCGUUAUUCAAGAUUUUUUUGUAAAUCUGUGACACCCCUUUUUGAGUUUCUCAUGACGCUAUGCACUCAGCAAAUAUUUCCUACUUCUUUUUAUUACUUCGAACUCAGAAAAUACGAGCCCGAUCUGUGAGAAUACUUUAGACUGAUUCUUGAUGACUAAAUAUAUCAUAUAUAUCAGAGUUUUGAAUUCCUAUUGAUUUCAAAAAUUCAGUGACAUCGAAGCAAUCGACAGCUCAAGAAAGGCAACAACCAUCUAGGCUGACCAACAAGUCCAACGACUCCAACAAGGUUCGAAGAUUCGAGGUGCUUGAACUUACGAAAGUCUUGCAUCGUCUAUAUUUAAAGAGCUGUUAUUGUCCCCAUUCUUAAAAAAAAAGAAUUUCUGAUUAGAAGCUCCUUUAAUGUUGAAAAAUUACAGGAUCGCAAAAACGCUCAAUCUUUUGUUUUUCCAAUCUGAAGCAACAAUAUAUAGCACUCGGAGAGAAACAACAGAAGCUGAGGUGAGAGACUAAAAAAAGUUUUCAUAUUCCGAUUGUCAGAAACAGAUAUAAAGUAGAUAUAUGUCUUUCAUCUUCUUCAACAGAGCCGCUUUUUCAAACUGCAAGCCUGAAAAACCUUUUGGUCAAUAAUUUUUUCGGUUGAGAGUUUGAAACUUAUGAAGAUUGAAAUGCGAAAUUGAAUGAAAUUUUAAAAUGUGGAUAUAUUCGUUCCAGUUUUCAAUCCAAAUCGUUUGGAAAAAAUACGUGUAAAACUGCAGUUUUCUGAAGAUUUCUAAUUUUGAGGAAUUUCAUUUUGUUUUCAAAGAGAAAAAGUUUUUGAUCAUAAAUUGAAAACAAAAUUUUUUGGUUUUAGAGAAAAACUCAUGGACGUCAACCAGGAAGCCUAUGCGAUGGAAAUGUCCAUAAUGUCAAAAAGUGCGAUAAUAAACGCCUGGGAGAAGUACAACCAAGGAGACAAGCCGGCGGAGAGUAUAGAGUUGUUGAAAGCGGACAGCAAUGUUCUGGUCGGGGAGUAGGCCUUUAUCAGGAAGUAUUUUGUUGGAUUGCAGAGCACCCGAGUAGCCGUCUUGAGAGAAUCUCGGACGAAAAUCGAAAGAGCGUUGAGAAAAGGCGCCGAAACGGCGAGUUCUCUGGAAUCGCGCAUGCGAGCUCUCGCCGCCACCAACGAACAGCAAGACGUCGUGCGUCUUCUCGUCAGAAUGUCCGCAAUCGAAGCAGAAAGUUUGCCCAGCUUCGAUUUGAAAGAGGAGAAGCUCAUUAUUCAGCCAUUCAGUUUCCCCAUCUCAUUGUUUAUUCCUUCUCUUCAGAGAAUAAUUUUUCGAGAGAAAAUUAAUGAGCAAUUGGCUCUCAAGGCUGGAUGUCUUUUUGAGAACUAGAAGUCUAAAAAAACCACAACUAUACAGUGUUUACAACUGAUUUCUUGUCAAAAUUUUCAAGAUUUGAAAAGUAAGCUCUCCCAAUAGCAUCUGACUCUUAAACAAGGUUGGAAUACGAUCAAAAAUUUCUCAAAGGUAAAAAAGAACUGAAUUUGAAGUUCAAACUUUCAGAAACGGCUGCACUGAACGACCUAGCGAUCCAAGGGCUCAUAAUGGAGAAAAAAGACACAUCAAUUUCAAAGUUACAAAAAUACGAACUUGUAGCGGACCGUUUGAUCGACGGGAAAUUGGAAGGUUGAAAACUGCCCUUGUUUGAUUCAUUAUAUUUAUACGCCAAAAAAAACCUCAAUCGUUUUUGAAAUUUUUUAAUAACGAAAGUUAAGAUAAAAAUGCACGACUAUUUUUAGACAACCUCUCACUCAAUUUUUUUUAGGAAACGACAGGAAGAAGUUAGAAGAAGAGUACCGAGUGAUUAAAAAUCAGUUUCAUUAUCAUCUUUUGCCGCUGAAAAACGUGCAAUCGGGAGCUUCGUGGAACUCCCUUCUGCUACCAAAAAUCCAGGGAAAUGAGGAGAGGUGUGUAAAAAGAUUUUUUUUUUCUUUUCUAUGAGACAUUCUUCGAAAACCGUUCAGAGUCCUUGUAAUACUGAUAAAUUAAAAAAAAACCGAAAAAUCGUUCCAAGGAGCUUUUCUGAAACUUUAAAACCGAAGAAGUUUUUUAAAGAAUAUUAAAAACUGUGCAGGCUGGGAUGUCCAAAAUCUCAAUCUAGUAAUCCAAAGAUUACUCAGACCAUCUUCCGAAAGUCUCUCUCAUUGGAAUUUUGAGUUUAGAAAUGGAACUAAGCGUGCUAAAAAACGAGAUUCCGUCCAACUACCCUUGAUUCCCAGCGGUUCAAAGCCUUUCUUGAGUUCGAGCGACUCCUAUGACGACAGUUGCGGUAAUCAUUAUUUUACAGAUUUUUCAAUAAUACUUUGUUUUAGGUGAGCGGUAUCCUGAGAUAGACGUUCGCUUGCCGGAAAUAUGA